GGCGCCACGAGCCUCUCUUGCUCUUCUUUACCUCCCUCUCUCUCUCCUCUACCUCUCAGUCGAGUAGUCUGGCUGUUGGGUUUUCGGUUGCGGAUCGUCGUGCGGAGAGACUCCCCAGAGCCAUGCCCGAGGUAGUGGAUACGUGCUCCUUGGCCUCUCCGGCUUCGAUCUGCCGAACCAAGCACCUGCACCUGCGCUGCAGCGUCGACUUUACCCGCCGGGUGCUGACCGGCACCGCCGCGCUCACGGUGCAGUCUCAGGAGGACAAUCUGCGAAGCCUGACUUUGGAUACAAAGGACCUCACGAUAGAAAAAGUGGUCAUCAAUGGACAAGAAGUCAAAUAUACUCUUGGAGAAAAACAAAGUUACAAAGGAUCACCAAUGGAAAUCUCUCUUCCUAUUGCUCUGAGCAAAAAUCAAGAAGUCGUUAUAGAAAUUUCUUUUGAGACAUCUCCAAAAUCUUCGGCUCUUCAGUGGCUCACUCCUGAACAGACUUCUGGGAAGGAACACCCAUAUCUCUUUAGUCAGUGCCAGGCCAUCCACUGCAGAGCAGUUCUUCCUUGCCAGGACACUCCUUCUGUGAAAUUAACGUACAGCGCAGAGGUAUCUGUUCCUAAAGAAUUGGUGGCACUUAUGAGUGCCAUUCGUGAUGGAGAAGCACCUGACCCAGAAGACCCGAGCAGGAAAAUAUAUAAAUUCAGCCAAAAAGUGCCCAUCCCCUGCUACUUGAUUGCUUUAGUUGUUGGAGCUUUAGAAAGCAGAAAUGUGGACAAGAUCGAGAAGUCAGUAAUUGUCACAGCGCUGACCAUUAUAAGGGCUUAUCGUGUGCCGACCCCAGUGCGUUAUGGCAUGGAACCCCCGCAACUCUGUGGAGUAGAUGUGAUUGUUUUUCCCAUCUUACCAAUAAAGAAACUGAUGCUUGGCAAUUUAAAAUUACAUAUGCAGCUCAUACUUGUGGCUCUCAUUAAAUUUGUUGGAUUAAUGCGGGUUACCAUUGCUACCCAGUGUGGUCUAGAGACCAAUAGCUUUGGCAUCACCUGGGAGUUGGCCAAAGAAGAUGAUUUAAAUUCAUUUACCUCAGCAGACCUGAAGGAUCUCUCUUCUCAUCAGUUGAACGAAUUUUUAGCACAGAUGCUCCAGAGAGCACCUCUUCCAUUGGGGCACAUAAAGCGAAUGCAAGAGGUGUACAACUUGAAUGCCAUUAACAAUUCUGAAAUACGAUUCAGAUGGUUACGGCUCUGCAUUCAAUCGAAAUGGGAGGAAGCAAUUCCUUUGGCUCUAAAAAUGGCGACUGAGCAAGGACGAAUGAAGUUUACACGGCCCCUAUUCAAGGACCUUGCUGCCUUUGACAAAUCCCAUCAUGAAGCCGUGCGAACCUACCAGGGGCACAAAGCAAGUAUGCACCCAGUGACGGCCAUGCUGGUGGGGAAAGACUUAAAAGUGGAUUAAGGACCUACCAAAUGCUGAUUUCAGACAUUUCGCUUUUUUAAACGGAAGAUAUGUAAAAAAGUUCAGCUAAUAUUGUAACUAAAAAUGUUGUUUUCGUUCUGGCUUUUUAUUGUUUUGUCAGUGAUUUUCAUGAAUAAAGCUGAGCUACCUUCCCCCCCA